AUGGAGGUGGACGGGGUUUGUGAUUGUCCUGAUUGGCUGCAGCAGUUGCUGAAAGACCCACCGCAGCCUUUUGCUGCUGAGCUGCAGGCGGAAGCAGCAGCAAACCCCAGCGCAAAAGCAGCAAUUGAAUACUUGCAGAAGCUUCAUGAAGCCAAAUUAUAUAACGAGUUAACAGAUGCUUUUGCUUAUUGUAUACAACUAAGCGACAGCGUAGACAGCUCAAGUACACCUCAGCUGCAGCUGCUGCAGUCUUCUUUGGGUUUACCCCCUCCAUCUAUCGCCUUAGACAAACAAUUUAAACUCUUUCUUUCUUUUGCUGCUGAGCUCGUCGCUCAAGUAGACUCCCUAAGAAUAUUAAAGCUCUGUGCAGGGCUACUUGCAGAUAUACCUGCUGAAGCAGGUUUAUUAUUUAUUGAGAAGCUUAAAGCAGAGACACAAAACAAGAAAAGCUCUCAUAGCAAAUUAUUACAAGGAGACAGCCAGCAAGAGAAGGGGCUGUCUUCUGCUGCAGCACGCUGCUUCUUGCAUGCAUUAAAGAGCUAUUUAAUAGCAAAGACCCAGCAGCAGCAGCAGCAGCAGCAGGAAGAGCAGCAGCUGCAGCAGCUGCAGCAAGCACAGGAAUUACUUGAAGCAGCUAAAAAGCAAUUAAAAGAUAUUCGCUCGCCAGACCCUAUUCUUCAUUCUUUUAUUCAUAGAGCUCAAGCUGAAAUAGAUAAGGCACGGAACAAGUAUGGCGACUUUUGCCGCGAGACGCUCUUCUUCCUCGCAUACACCUCCGCCAAAUAG